UUCACGGCGACCGGAAGUGGAGGCGGUUGGUGGGGUUGGCGGAGCUCCGGACGCAGCGCGGGCGGCGGUUUGCUAGCUGCGGGUGGACGGAGAAGUGACCUGUGUCCGGGUGUCUCGCCCCUUCGCGGCGGGGCGAGGCUGGGCAGUGCGCGGCGGUAGUAGAACGAACGUCGUGCGGGCGGGGCACCCGCGGCUGGGCCCAUGGCCUCCUGCGCGAGCAUCGACAUCGAGGACGCCACGCAGCACCUGAGGGACAUCCUCAAGCUGGACCGGCCCGCUGCGGGUGAGCGGGGCCCCAGUCCUGAGAACCAGCGGCCAUCCAGCACCUACAAUGGGGAUCUCAAUGGGCUCCUGGUCCCAGAUCCUCUCUGCUCAGGUGAUGGUACUGCAGCAAGCAAGUCUGGUCUCCGUACCUUGCCACCCAUUAACCUGCAGGAGAAACAGGUCAUCUGCCUGUCAGGGGAUGACAGCUCUACCUGCAUUGGGAUUUUGGCCAAAGAGGUGGAGAUUGUGGCCAGCAGCGACUCAAGCAUUUCGAGCAAGGCACGGGGAAGCAACAAGGUGAAAAUACAGCCUGUCGCCAAAUAUGACUGGGAACAGAAGUACUACUACGGCAACCUGAUCGCUGUGUCGAACUCCUUUUUGGCCUAUGCCAUUCGGGCUGCCAACAAUGGCUCAGCGAUGGUGCGAGUGAUCAGCGUCAGCACUUCGGAGCGAACUCUGCUGAAAGGAUUCACAGGCAGCGUGGCUGACCUGGCCUUCGCACACCUCAACUCUCCACAGCUGGCCUGCCUAGAUGAGGCAGGCAACCUGUUUGUUUGGCGUUUGGCUUUGGUCAAUGGCAAGAUCCAAGAAGAGAUCUUGAUCCAUAUCCGGCAGCCAGAGGGCACGCCACUGAACCAUUUCCGCAGGAUCAUCUGGUGCCCCUUCAUCCCUGAGGAGAGUGAGGACUGCUGUGAGGAGAGCAGCCCAACCGUGGCCCUGCUGCAUGAAGACCGGGCUGAGGUGUGGGACCUGGACAUGCUCCGCUCCAGCUACAGCAUCUGGCCUGUGGAUGUUGGCCACAUCAAGCAGGGCUACAUUGUAGUGAAAGGCCACAGCACGCCAGCCACAGAGAUGUGCAAAUCCUCUGUGGGAGGGCUCGUUCCUACCUCUGGUGAGAUGGCAAAGCCAAACUCAAUGGGUUUUUCCCAGUGCCUCAGCGAAGGUGCCCUCUCCCCUGAUGGGACUGUCCUGGCUACUGCGAGCCAUGAUGGCUAUGUCAAGUUCUGGCAGAUCUACAUUGAGGGGCAGGAUGAGCCAAGGUGUUUGCAUGAGUGGAAGCCUCAUGAUGGGCGGCCUCUCUCCUGCCUGCUGUUCUGUGACAACCAUAAGAAGCAGGACCCUGAGGUCCCUUUUUGGAGGUUCCUCAUUACUGGCGCUGACCAGAAUCGGGAGCUGAAGAUGUGGUGCACAGUGUCCUGGACCUGCCUGCAGACUAUCCGCUUCUCCCCAGACAUCUUCAGCUCAGUGAGUGUUCCCCCAAGCCUCAAGGUUUGCUUGGACCUUUCAGCAGAAUACCUGAUUCUCAGCGAUGUGCAGCGGAAGGUCCUCUAUGUGAUGGAGCUGCUGCAGAACCAGGAGGAGGGCCGCGCCUGCUUCAGCUCCAUCUCCGAGUUCCUCCUCACCCAUCCCGUGCUGAGCUUUGGGAUCCAGGUUGUGAGCCGCUGCCGGUUGCGACACACCGAGGUGCUGCCUGCCGAGGAGGAGAAUGACAGUCUGGGGGCUGAUGGUGCCCACGGAACUGGUGCCAUGGAGUCCGCAGCCGGUGUACUCAUCAAGCUCUUCUGUGUGCAUACUAAGGCCCUACAAGAUGUGCAGAUCCGCUUCCAGCCACAGCUAAACCCUGAUGUGAUAGCCCCGCUCCCCACACACACUCCCCAUGAGGAGUUUGCAUUUGGAGAAUCUAGAUCUGAAUUAGGCUCUGAGGGCCUGGGGUCAGCCUCUCAUGGCUCCCAGCCUGACCUCCGACGCAUUGUGGAGCUGCCUGCACCUGCUGACUUCCUUAGUCUGAGCAGUGAGACCAAGCCCAAGCUGAUGACACCUGAUGCCUUCAUGACACCCACUGCCUCCCUGCAGCAGAUUGCUGCAUCCCCUGGCAGUAGCAAUAGCAGCAGCAGCAGUAGCAGCAGCAGCAGCAGCAGCUCUCUCACAGCUGUGUCUGCCAUGAGUGGCACCUCAGCUGUGGACGCCUCCUUGGCCAGGCCACCUGAGGAGCUGACCUUGAGCCCCAAGCUGCAACUGGAUGGCAGCCUGACAGUGAGUGGCAGCAACAGUCUGCAGGCAAGCCCACGCAGCCUCCUGCCUGGCCUUCUCCAAGGCCCAGCUGACAAACUGACUCCCAAAGGGCCUGGGCAGGUACCUACUGCUGCCUCUGCACUGUCCCUGGAGCUGCAGGAAGCAGAACCUCUGGGACUUCCCCAGGCUUCCCCCAGCCGCACCCGCUCCCCUGAUGUUAUCUCCUCGGCUUCCACUGCCUUGUCUCAGGACAUUCCUGAGAUUGCGUCCGAGGCCCUGUCCCGUGGCUUUGGCUCCUCUGCCCCUGAGGCCCUUGAGCCAGACAGUAUGGCCUCAGCUGCCUCAGCACUACACCUGCUCUCUCCACGGCCCCGUCCAGGGCCCGAGCUUGGCCCCCAGCUUGGCCUCGAUGGAGGCCCAGGGGAUGGGGAUCGGCACAAUACUCCUUCUCUGCUGGAGGCAGCCUUAAGCCAGGAAGUUGUGACUGCUGACAGUCAGGUUUGGCCUACAGCACCUGAUAUUACUCGUGAGACCUGUAGCACCCUGGCAGAGAGCCCCAGAAACGGCCUCCAGGAAAAGCACAAGAGCCUGGCCUUCCACCGACCACCUUACCACCUGCUACAGCAACAUGAUAGCCAGGACACCAGUGCUGAGCAAAGUGAUCAUGAUGAUGAGGUGGCCAGCCUGGCUUCUGCCUCAGGAGGCUUUGGCACCAAAGUUCCCCCUCCACGGCUCCCCGUCAAGGACUGGAAAACCAAGGGGUCCCCUCGGGCCUCACCUAAGCUCAAGCGGAAAAACAAGAAGGAUGAUGGGAAUUUAGCUGUGGGGUCCCGGCUUACAGAACACCAGGUGGCAGAGCCCCCUGAGGACUGGCCAGCACUGAUUUGGCAACAGCAGAGAGAGCUGGCAGAGCUGCGGCACAGCCAGGAAGAGCUGCUGCAGCGCCUGUGUGCCCAGCUCGAAGGCCUACAGAACACGGUCACGGGUCUUGUAGAACGAGCUCUGGAGACUCGACAUGAGCAGGAACAGCGGUGGCUAGAGCGGGCCCUGGCAGAGGGGCAGCAGCGUGGUGGGCAGCUGCAGGAGCAGUUGACCCAGCAGCUGUCCCAGGCACUAUCUACAGCUAUUGCUGGGCGGUUGGAGCGUGGCCUUCGGGAUGAAAUCAAGAAGACGGUUCCUCCAUGUGUCUCCAGGACUCUGGAGCCUGUGGCAGGCCAACUGAACAACUCAGUGGCUACCAAACUCACAGCUGUAGAGGGCAGCAUGAAAGAGAAUGUCUCUAAGCUGUUCAAGUCCAAGAACUUGACAGAUACCAUUGCCCGAGCAGCUGCAGACACAUUACAGGGCCCAAUGCAAGCUGCUUACCGUGAAGCCUUCCAGAGUGUGGUGCUGCCCGCCUUUGAGAAGAGCUGCCAGGCCAUGUUCCAGCAGAUCAAUGAUAGCUUCCGGCUGGGCACACAGGAAUACUUGCAGCAGCUGGAAAACCAUAUGAAGAGCCGGAAAGCACGGGAACAGGAGGCUAGGGAGCCAGUGCUGGCCCAGCUGCGGGGCCUGGUUGGCACACUUCAAAGCACCACUGAGCAGAUGGCAGGCACCGUGUCUACCACUGUUCGGGCUGACCUGCAGCAUGAACUGCAUGUGGCUGUGGGCAGCCUGCAGGAGUCAAUUUUACCACAACUACAGCGCAUCGUCAAGGGUGAGGUGAGCGUGGCGCUCAAGGAGCAGCAGGCCGCUGUCACCUCCAGCAUCAUGCAGGCCAUGCGCUCAGCUGCUGGUACACCUGUCCCCUCUGCCCACCUCGACUGCCAUGCCCAGCAAGCCCAUAUCCUGCAGCUGCUGCAGCAGGGCCACCUCAAUCAGGCCUUCCAGCAGGCGCUGACAGCUGCUGACCUGAACCUGGUGCUGUAUGUGUGUGAAACUGUGGACCCAGCCCAGGUAUUUGGGCAGCCGCCCUGCCCACUCUCCCAGCCUGUACUCCUUUCGCUCAUUCAGCAGCUGGCAUCAGACCUUGGCACUCGAACUGACCUUAAGCUCAGCUACCUGGAAGAAGCUGUAAUGCACCUGGACCACAGUGACCCCAUCACUCGAGACCACAUGGGCUCCGUUAUGACCCAGGUGCGCCAGAAGCUAUUCCAGUUCCUGCAGGCUGAGCCACACAAUUCACUUGGCAAAGCGGCUCGGCGUCUCAGCCUCAUGCUGCAUGGCCUGGUGACCCCCAGCCUUCCUUAGCAGCAAAGCCUGCCUUGUCCAGGAGCGGUUGGCACUGAAGACUGAUGCACAGGCCUCUGCCAGGGCAGGUCAUGGCUGCCCUUUACCUGUUCAGGCCCCUAACUUUGCAGUGUUCAAGAGCAGAGGGGUGAGGGAUGACUGGCUAUGGACUACAGACUGUGGUAGCCAGCAGGUUUAGGCUGGGCCCAGGGCAGGUAUUGUGCCUUCUUGGGUUCUGCCAUGCCUAGAGCAUGAUGCUGAAAUUGUGAUACCAUUUGAGUUGAAUUUUCCAUGUUCUUUUUACCUCUGAUUUGGAUCUUUUUGUUUUUGAAAAACAUUGAGAAAUUCAAUUAAAUGCUUUUGGAAUAAAAUGGAA